AUGGCUUCUUCCGAUAAGAUCUUUUCCCUCGAGGGAAAGGGCCUCAAGCUCGACACUGCUGAGGAUCUCGAGCCUCAUAUUGCCCCUCUUCGAUCCGCAGACGUCGAAGAAGUUCGUAUUUUGGGCAACACUCUGGGUGUUGGCGCCUGCAAGCUCCUUGGCGAGGUUCUUGCGACCAAGAAGAACUUGAGAGUCGCAAACUUCGCCGAUAUCUUUACCGGCCGACUCCUGAGCGAGAUCCCCGACGCUAUCUCUUCGCUGCUCACCUCCGUCCUCAAUCUUCCCAAGCUCAACACUAUCAACUUGAAUGACAAUGCCUUUGGUUUGAAUGUCCAAGCGCCUCUCGUGGCCUUCCUGGCCGCCCACGUGCCACUGCAGCACCUUUACUUGAACAACAAUGGCAUGGGCCCUCACGCUGGUAUCCUCAUCGCCGAUGCGCUCUCCGAGCUUCACGCCAAGAAGGAGACUGCCCGAAAGGAAGGAAAGGAAGUUCCCGAUCUUGAGACUGUUAUUUGCGGCCGAAACCGAUUGGAGAAUGGAAGCAUGACGGCGUGGGCAAAGGCCUACAAGCUGCACAACAAGAUCAAGGUGAUCAAGAUGGUUCAGAACGGCAUUCGACAAGAAGGUAUCUCCCACCUUCUCGCCGAAGGUCUCAGCCACGCUUCCAAACUCGAGGUCCUCGACCUGCAGGACAACACUUUCACCGUCACUGGUGCCCGAGCUCUGUCAAAGGUUGUUGCCAACUGGACCUCACUCCAGGAGUUGGGAGUUGGUGACUCCCUACUUGGUGCUAAGGGCGGUGUCCUCGUAGCGGAUGCUCUGGCCAAGGGCAAGAAUGCGAAACUUGAGAUCCUGCGCCUGCAAUACAACGAAAUCACCUCCAAGGGCAUCAAGGCCUUCGCCACUGCCGCCAAAGAUGGUCUCCCUGCUUUGAAGCGAAUUGAAAUCAACGGCAAUAUUCUCACAGAGGACGACGAGUCGAUUCCCGUCCUUCAGGAGCUUCUCGAGGAGCGCAAGGAGAAGUUCGGUGGUGAUAUUGUCAACGAGGAUGAAUGGGGUGUUGACGAGCUGGAAGACCUUGAGGAGCCAGACAGUGACGCGGAGGAAGAGGAAGAGGAGGAAGAGGAGAUUGAGCCUGAGGACCGAGCCGAGAAGUUGAUCAAGGAGGCUGAGGAGGCUCAAGAGGAACCUGUUAUUCCUGUCAAGGACAAGGAGGUGGAUGAGUUGGCAAAGAAGCUCGAGAAGACUGGAAUUUAA